CGUAAACAUAGGAUUGCGUAUGUUUUGAAAAUAGGUUAGAAAUUAAGCAGUCCAACUGAGUGAUCAUCAUGUCCCGACCAAUUACAUUUGUAACCGGCAAUGCGAAAAAAUUAGAGGAACUAGUGGCUAUACUUGGACCUAAUUUUCCUCGUCAGGUGAUAUCGAAGAAAAUCGAUUUGCCUGAGCUACAAGGUGAAAUUGAUGACAUAGCAAUUAAGAAAUGCAAAGAAGCCGCAAGACAAGUGGAUGGUCCGGUGCUGGUCGAAGAUACCUGUUUGUGUUUCAAUGCUUUGCAAAAUCUACCAGGUCCUUAUAUUAAAUGGUUUUUGGAGAAAUUACAGCCCGAAGGAUUGCAUAAACUUCUUACCGGUUGGGAAGACAAAUCCGCAAAAGCUGUGUGCACUUUAGCAUUUUCCGAGGGAAAGGACAACGAUCCCAUAUUGUUUCAAGGCAUAACUGAGGGUAUCAUUGUGGAACCACGUGGUCCCAGAGAUUUUGGCUGGGAUCCUAUAUUUCAACCUAUUGGUUAUAAAUUGACAUAUGCAGAAAUGCCAAAGGAGGAAAAGAAUAAAAUAUCACAUAGAUUUCGUGCUUUAGAUGCUUUGCAACAACAUUUCUCAGCGUAAAGAAAUCAUGUUAAAAUUGUAAAUGUAAAUAACGAAGAACCAAGAGUAACAUUAAACGAAAGAGUUGUUAUUAAUGUUAACAGAAAGAUCACACUGGCCAAGGCGAGCUCCCAUCCAUGAAAUCUGCGGCAAGAAUAUCGUUGGCCCCAUUUAUGAUUAAGGUGUCAAAUAAUGCAACUAUACUAUAUUUUAAAUACUAGAGUGUCUAUCAAUACGUUUAACAAUAAACACAACGUUUUCAAGUGAAAUAAUAUGUCUCUUUUGGUUGCCUAUCGCAGGAACUAAAAGCAAUCACAUUCAACGUUUGUUUCUAA